AUGGAAGAGAUAAAACAAGAGAUAGAUGUUUUAUUAUCCGAUGCUCCGGUUUUCAAAGAUGAGAUGACAAAAGAAGAAGAAGUGUUUCAAACCGGUAUAAAUACAAAAUUCACGCAAUACAGUGACCUGUUAUUGGAGGCUCCUAGGCUGUGUUCUGUAUGUUGUUGCGUUUUUAUUAAUAGCUAUUCAUUCCUGUGCCACAACUUAACACACUUGGAAGUAAAGCUGACAACAUUAACUCCAAUACUCUGCCAGAGAUGUCCGAAAGAAUUUUAUCGCGUUACAGACCUUGAAGCUCACAUAAAAACCGAGCAUUUAAAACUAAAACCAUCUAAGAGUGUACUGAAAAAGUGUGAUAUAUGUAAGAAGAUAUAUUCGAGAAAAUACUGGCAUAGUCAUAUGAAGGAGGUGCAUUGUGAGGGUGAGGAGAACUCGGUGACAUGUGAAACGUGCAACAAAGUGUUCAAGAAUGUGGUGACACUGAGUCGUCAUCAGAAAUAUGUACACAACAAAGUGGUUAAGCCCUGGAGAUUUCACAAGAAGAAGGAGAACGUCAAAUUUGAGUGUACAGAGUGUCCAAAAGUGUUCUACAAUAGACAUUCCUUGAAGAGUCACAUCAAAUGUUGCCAUGUUGAGUCGGAAUCACCAUGUCCGCAGUGCAGUGCUGUGUUUAGAAAUGAAUUGUAUUUAAGAUCACAUUUAGCCAGAGUUCACUGUGAAGAUGGUAGAACGUAUGCCUGUGAUAUAUGUGGAAAGGAAUUCAAGUCUUUACGCAGGGUCAGGAUACACAAGCGGAACUCUCAUCGGUUGAUAAAUGGGCUUAAGUUUGAAUCUUGUAAAGUUAAUAUCAAAAUUGGUGUUAAACACUUGUGA